AGUUUCCAAACAGGCGGGAUUGUGGUGUCCGGAGGCUCCCUCCUUCAAUGUUUCUGUCUGUCGAUGGUUGUCCUCGCCAAGCAAGGUCUCACUUGAAUGUCAGUACGCGUAGACCCCCAACCCGUCAGCAGCGGUGCUCGCUCCAAUGGUGGGGAUAUUUUCCGAUCGGUGGCUCCUCCUUCCUCCCUCCUUCCUUUUCUCUUCUCCUUUUGCUAAUGUCGUUUGCUUUGCAUCCUUCCGCCGCCUGGUCAUCGCGCAUUCCAAUCGGUUUAGUCGUGCAAGGCGUCGUGCCGAUGAACCGUGGCUGCAGGCAUGUAAUCUCAUGGAGUCGUUUUUUGGUUCGUGGUAUGUCAUUGGCAUUCGGUUUUGGCUGGCGAGGGUUCGGACACGGCGAAAGGCGUCGAGGGUAUCAACAAAGAGAGCUUCCGGAAUCAGCGAUUUUAAGUUAUUUCGGGGUGGGCUUAGAACCAUCGAGCCCGGGGUAUAUGAACCCCUGAUCAAUGCUGUCUCAUCGGAGCAAUACACAGUUCUGGAUUUUAGUCAAAAUUGGUCAGUUCUGACUCAGAGAGCUGAUUAUUGUAUGUUUCGUUUCCUCCCGCACUUCCGCUCGUGGGGAUACAACAAGACGGCGGUUGAGAGGCCCCAUUCGAGUAGGACCUGCAGGGCUUGGCACUGCGCUGGCCUUCGCACCUGGCCUGUGACGGAAGAACCCAUCCAUCCUUGGCCUCAAGGCUGGCCAGCUGAGGAGAAGGUCUGGCAGUGCCGUGAGGUACUGUGGACCCUACGAGUACACGAGCAGAAGCUAGGUGCGCCUCGUCCCGCUCAGACAGCCACCUACCUAUGUACCAGGACAGGCCACGCUAGCGGCCCAGCACCAACCACUUUUUCCAUGAAGACUGGCCAAUCAUUAAUCGUUCCGACCGGAGCGCAUCUCGCUCUGGAAGAGGGAAAAGGUGUUACACUAGAACACAUGGGACGUAGUGGGCGGGCUUUUCUUCUUCUUUUUUUCUCCGUCGUGCAAGGUCCCUCUCGUACUUGGAUACAAAUACAAGGUGGUCCGGUCCCUCUUAAUGCCGCAGAUACGCGACAAUAGUGUAAACCUCACGUACAUCUACUAUGUAUAUGCGUUUGUGUAGUCCUGCAUGUCUGUCGCAAUCGGUAUCCAUGUCUUUUGAAAGAAAGGAGGGGGGGAACGGCCCUCCUAUCCAAUGCAGCGUGAUCAAAAUCUUGUUUAUUGU